CUCAGGCACUAGUUGGCCACCACCUGCGGCAUCAUACAGGACCCUUCAGAACAACAUGGCGGCCACUGGUACGAAGUCGGUUUUGUUCGUUUGCUUGGGGAAUAUUUGCAGAUCCCCCAUCGCUGAAGCAGUCUUUAGGAAGAUGGCAACAGAUGCUGGUGUUGUUGAUAAGUGGAGGAUAGACAGUGCUGCCACCUCCACCUAUGAGAUAGGAAACCCUCCAGACCACCGCGGUCAAGCCUGCAUGAAGAGUCAUGGCGUGCCCAUGAAGCACGUGGCCAGGCAGUGGGUCAUAGACAGUGGUGCCACAUCUGACUGGAAUAUAGACAGCUCACCGGAUGCCCGUGGUCUGGCCUGCCUAAGGAAGCAUGGCAUUGAGACGAGCCACAGGGCCCGACAGGUAACCAAGGAUGAUUUCAUGAGCUUUGACUACAUUCUCUGCAUGGAUGAGAACAAUUUAAGUGAGUUGAACAGGAAAGCCAAACUUGUGAAAAACCACCAUUCAAAGAUUGAGCUUCUUGGUUCAUAUGACCCACAGAAGCAGCUCAUCAUCGAAGACCCAUAUUAUGGGUGUGACAAAGACUUUGAAAAGGUGUACGAACAGUGUGUACGUUGCUGCAAAGCAUUCCUGGAGAUGAACUCCUAACAACAUCUGACAUUAAACAAUCUUUGCUGAAACGUUUGGAUUACCAUGAAAAAUGUACCAAAAAUGCUUUGAGUGUUUCACACAAGCACUCCUCACUAUAACCUUCUUGUUGAUGUCACUAGAAGACCAGGAAACAGUUGUUUCAGUGUGGUAAAUGUUAUACAAACCACACAUUGUGUACAUUUAGAAAGAUGCUGCAUGGACAAGUUUGUAGACUGUAAAUCCAAGUAAUUAAUAAAAUAGAUAAAUUAGUA